GGAUAAACAAACGCUUGAGGUGUAAAAAAUGCAUCGGAUGUGGUCAUUCAGACACAACAUUUAUUACACGGAUGAACGGUGAGCAAUAUAUAUAAAUAUAUAUCAUUGAUUUGAUUGACGUUUCAGCAAACAUGUGUUAAACAUAAACAUAACCUUUUAUAUUUUAUAUAAAAUGUCUCGUUUAAUUGUGAAAAAUCUUCCCAAAAAUGUGACAGAGCAAACCAUAAAACAGAUAUUCAGUGAAAAGGGAACUGUUACAGACGUACAACUUAAAUAUACUCCUGAGGGAAAAUUCAGAAAAUUUGGAUUUGUCGGAUAUCAGAAUGAAAAUGAAGCUGAAGAAGCCAUUAAAACUCUUAAUAAUACGUUCAUUAACACAAGCAAAAUUACUGUUGAAAACUGUAGUGCACUAGGAGACAAGAAUAAGCCCAAAUCAUGGAGCAAAUAUGCACCAGACAGUGAAAUAAACAAAAAAGUUAAAGCAACAGAACCUGAAAUAACAAUUCAAGUUAAAACAAAAAAGAAAAAGAAAGAUAAAGUAGAUGAAGCUGAACAAUUAUUGGAAAAGUACAAGGAUGAUCCCUUAUUUGAAGAAUUCUUACAAGUCCAUGCCCCAAGUGAAACUGCAAAGCUGCAUAAAAUUAGCACAAAAACGAGUGAAAAUGAUAUGGAUCCUGAUAAUGCAUACCAAGAAGAGCAAGUCUCUAAUACCGAAGAAGAAACUGUAGAAAAAGAUUCUGAAACUGAAGAUGCCAUCAGUAGUCAAAAAAUUGCAAAUGAGCAAAUUUCUGAUAUAGAGUAUAUGAAGAAACUCAUGAAAGGUGAUGGUGAACGUAAACCAAGAGAAAAAAUGAAAAAGAAAGUAAAAGAGAAAAUAAAAUUGCACACUGUAAAACUUCGAGAUUUACCUUAUAACAUCAAGAAAAAAGAUAUAAAAGAUUUUUUUAAACCAAUAUCUUGUUAUACAAUUAGAAUUCCAAGAAAUAUUCAUGGGAUAGCGUAUGUAGGAUUCAAAGCUGAAAGACUAGCUAAUAAGGCAUUAAUAAAAAAUAGGAGUUUUAUCAAAGGAAAACAAAUUUCUGUUGUACUGUACACAAAUGAGAAUCAGGAAAAAGAAGAUGAAUUGGGUAAGACAAAUGUUUUUAAAAGCAAAUGGAUUAAUCAAGAAGAGGCUUUAAAAAAUGAAGAAAGUAUAGGGGAAUCUGGUAGAAUUUUUCUAAGAAACUUGGCCUAUACCUCAACAGAGGAGGAUAUUGAAAAAUUGUUUUCUAAAUAUGGUCCAGUAACAGAAGUGAACUUACCUGUAGAUACAAAUACUAAAAAAAUGAAAGGUUUUGGAACUGUAACCUUUUUAAUGCCAGAACAUGCUGUCAAAGCAUAUUCUGAACUGGAUGGUUCCGUUUUACAUGGAAGAAUGUUACAUUUACUUCCUGGCAAGGCAAAGGACUCCAAUAAUGAAGAUUUAGAAGAAUCAUCUAAUUUUAAAAAGAAGAAAUCAGCCCAACAAAAAGCCCAAGCUGGUUCUUCACACAACUGGAAUUCGCUAUUUGUGGGACACGAUGCUGUAGCUGAAGUAAUUGCAGACAGUUUUGGAACUACUAAAAAAGCUGUGAUAGGACCAGAAGGAAAAGGCAGCGCUGCCGUUAGGUUAGCUCUUGGAGAAACUCAAAUUGUUGCCCAAACUAGAAAGUAUUUGGAAGAGGAAGGUGUAAUUUUGGAUGCAUUCAAUAGUGCACCUACAAAACGGUCAAAAACUGUAAUAAUAUUAAAGAAUUUACCAUCUAAGACAGAGGCAAAAGAAAUUAGAGAAAUUUUUGAAAAACACGGUGAAGUUGGAAGAAUUGUUUUACCUCCUAGUGGAAUAACAGCUAUUGUCGAAUUUUUGGAACCGUCUGAAGCCAGGAAAGCUUUCACACGAUUGGCCUACACAAAGUUCAAAAAUAUGCCAUUGUACCUAGAAUGGGCGCCAGAAAAUAGCUUGAGAGAACCUAAAAUAGUAAAUUCAGGAGAAUCUAAAGAAAAAUUAGAUAAUAACAAACAAGAUGUGGAAGAAAGAAAUACGAAAUUAGAAAAUGAAGAAAAUAAUGAUGAAGAACAAGAUGAAGAGGAAGAACCAGAACCAGACACUACGUUGUUUGUAAAAAAUUUGAACUUUAUAACUACAGAUGAUGGUUUAAGACAACAUUUCAUUGGCUGUGGAAAGAUUCAUUAUGCAAAUGUGGCUACAAAGAAGGAUCCAAAAGAUCCAAACAACACUCUGUCAAUGGGUUACGGUUUUAUUAGAUUUAUUUAUAAAUCCAGCGCCGAUAAGGCUUUAAAAAGCAUGCAGCAAAGUGUUUUAGAUGGAAAAUCUUUGGAAUUAAAGAGAUCAGAACGAACUAUGAAAAAUGAAGUUCAAACUACUAGAAAAGAGAGUAAACUAAAAAAACAGACUGGUUCCAAGAUAUUAGUUAGAAAUGUGCCAUUCCAAGCUAGUAAAAAAGAAAUUCAGGAGCUCUUUAGUACUUUUGGAGAAAUACGAGCCUUAAGGUUACCUAAGAAAAUGGGCGGCGUUGGGUCAGACAGUCACAGAGGAUUUGCUUUUAUUGAUUAUACAACAACAUCUGAUGCAAAGGCUGCUUUUGAAGCCCUAUCCCAAAGUACCCAUUUGUAUGGUAGGCGUUUAGUUCUGGAGUGGGCAGCAACAGAAGAAGGAGUUGAUGAUAUUAGAAAAAGAACAGCAAAUCAUUUUAAACCGGAAGAAGAUGCAACAAAAAAAUCAAAGAAAAGCGUGUUCAAUAUGGAAUAAUACGUUAUUUUUAUUAUAGAUAUAUUUGUUUUAUCAAUAAAUCUAAG